AUGAAAAUAUUGACAUCAGUUUCGCAGUGACAGUUGAACAGCUAGCAGCAUACCAAGUACCAUGUCCGGAAAGGAGAAAAUUCUACUUGCCUACUCCGGCGGUUUGGACACUAGUUGCAUUUUGAAAUGGCUUCUCGAAAAGGGAUACGAAGUGAUCUGCUUCAUGGCCGACGUUGGCCAAGAUGAAGACUUUGCCGCAGCACGGGAGAAGGCGCUCCGCAUCGGGGCCAAGGAUGUCAUCGUUAAGGACAUGAAGCGGAUGUUUGUGGAAAAGUUCGUUUGGCCAGCGAUUCAGAUGGGAUUGGUUUACGAGGACCGGUACCUGCUGGGGACUUCUCUGGCAAGGCCGUGUAUUUCGAUCGGACUGAUGGAGUCUGCAGGCGAACGUGCGUGUAGCAUUAUCUCGCAUGGUGCGACCGGCAAGGGCAACGAUCAGAUAAGGUUUGAGCUGAGCUGCUAUGCUUUGGACCCGAAGAUCAAAGUCAUUGCCCCAUGGCGAUUGCCGGAGUUUUGUGAACGCUUCCAAGGCAGAACGGAUUUGUUGGAAUACGCAAAGAAACAUGGAAUUCCAGUGAGUGCAACGCCGAAAGCUCCCUGGUCAAUGGAUGCGAAUAUUAUGCAUAUCAGCUAUGAAUCUGGAAUUUUAGAGAAUCCAUCUCAGGCUGCUCCGGAAGAGCUUUACCAGAUGACACAGUGUGCCCUCAAAAGCCCUAAUACUCCCGUCAAAGUGGAUAUUACAUUCAAAGAAGGGUUGCCAGUAAGUGUGUUCGAGUAUUCCAGUGGAAAGACGGUGCAAACGCCUUUUGACGUUCUAACAUUCCUCAACAAGAUAGGAGGUGAACACGGAGUGGGCAGGGUGGAUUUGGUGGAAAAUCGGUUCCUUGGUUUGAAAUCGAGAGGAGUGUACGAAACACCUGGCGCAACUAUCUUGCAUGUGGCUCACAAAGAUAUGGAGGUGUACUGCCUGGACCGGGAAAUUUUCCGCGUCAAGUCAUUUCUGGCAUUGAAGAUGGCAGACUACGUUUACAAUGGAUUCUGGUACUCACCGGAAGCAGAGUAUGUCAGAAAUUGUCUGGUUGCGGCACAGAAAAAUGUUUCUGGAAAGGUUACUUUGGAAAUAUACAAAGGACACGUUAUGGCUGUUUCCAGAGAAUCUACAAAAACUAUCUACAAUCAGGAACUGGCGUCGAUGGAUGUGCACGGAACUCUUUCACCGUAUGCUGCUACUGGAUUCAUUGAGGUUAAUGCAAUGCGAUUAAAAGAACAUUAUCGAGUGUUUGGAAGCGCUAACACUAACUAAAUAACUGAUCUGUUUUGUAUUGUCUUAAAAUGAAUAAAUGCGUUGCAUCUUA